CAGUGACUCAGUUGUUAUGGUACCAUUCAGCUGAUGGAGCCCGCGAGUGUCGGGUGUCAAGAAUUAAUCUUCUGUUAAAAUAUAUAUUCCGUUCGUAACGAAAUUAUAUUAAUAAAAUAGGUUUUAAUUAUUAAAUUUGCAAUGCCACCCAAACCUUCAAGUAAACCAGCUAACAAAGAGUCCAAGAAAACAGAAUUAAAAAAGAAAGAGAAAAUUGUUGAAGACAAAACAUUUGGCCUGAAAAAUAAGAAGGGAUCCAAGCAGCAAAAGUUCAUCCAGCAAGUACAACAUCAGGUCAAAAACUCAGGUCUAAACAAAACACAGAAGCAGCUUGAGAAAGAAAAAGAAGAUGCAAAGAAGGAAAAGGAAAAGAAAAAACUUGAACUUGAACAACUCAACGCCAUCUUGAAGCCCGUCCAACAGCUUGGCAAAGGAGUUGACCCGAAGUCUGUGGUGUGCGCGUUCUUCAAGCAGGGCACCUGCACCAAGGGCGCCAAGUGCAAGUUCUCCCAUGACUUGGCCGUCGAGAAGAAGCCGCAGGACCGCAAGAAGGCGGAGAAGGGCGACGAGAUGAGCAUCGAGGAGCUGGUGGAGCGGGAGCGCGCGGCGCUGGGGGUGAACACGACGAAGGUGACGGAGGAGACCUUCCUCGCCUGGUACAAGAAGAAGGCCAAGGAGAGGGCCGCCGCCAUGAAGAAGGCUACGGAUAAGAAGAAGAGUGACCUCAAGAGUGGCAGGGACGUUAGGGUGAGUGGCGGGGAGUGUGGUGGAGAGGGCCGCCGCCAUGAAGAAGGCUAUGGAUAAGAAGAAGAGUGACCU